UUUCAGUUUAUAUCAGAGAGCUCAAUGGAGUCUUUUGAAGAACCCAGUCAGAUUAGAAGGAAUAACUUAUUAGAAGUUCCUGCUUUAAAUGACUCUCUUUCAGAAGAUGAAGCUAUUGAAGGUACCCUUAAGCGUCAUUUCUCCCCCCUUCCCCGAAGGCGGAAUUCUGCUUCUUCAGAAGAUAUGGAACCAGAACCUCCAUCUGCCAUUGCAAGAAAAGUUUCAUUUGCUGAUGCAUUCGGCUUUAAUCUUGUGUCUGUUAAAGAGUUUAAUACCUGGGAUGUUCCAAUCACAUCACAAAACGAUGACUUAGAAGUUAAAGUUUUAACUGCGGAGGAAUAUUUUCUCUCUCCUCUGUUUAUAUUACCUGCCUCACAAGAAGACCUUUUGCAAAAAGUGCGUGUACAGAAAGUACUGCUAGAGUCAAUUGAAUUCCUACCUGGGAUAACAUGUAUGAAGGGCAUUAUUCGAGUUCUAAAUGUAUCUUUUGAAAAGUUGAUAUACGUGAGAAUGUCACUGGAUGACUGGCUAACUUACUAUGACAUCUUAGCAGAAUAUGUGCCUAAUUCUUGUGAUGGUGAAACUGACCAGUUCUUCUUUAAGAUUUCAUUGGUUCCUCCUUAUCAGAGAAAUGGAGCUAAAGUUGAGUUCUGUAUACGUUAUGAGACAUCUGUUGGUACAUUCUGGGCAAACAACGAUGACAAAAAUUACAUACUACUCUGUCAUAAGAAAGAAACUGUGCAGGAGGUGGAUGAUGCAUCUCACGAAGAGGCUACUGACAAAUACAUCAAAGGUUGCUUAAAGACAUCGCUAAGCAGCAAAGAAGAAAUAUUGGCGCUAUCUGAUGAAGACAUAUGGAAUAAUUCAAGGACUUCAGAGGCAAACAUCCCCCAAAUUGUUUAUUCACAUGAGAAGGACAAAGACAUUGAACUGCGUCAUGAAAAUGAAAAAGAUAUAAAUGUUGAAUGCAGUGAAGAUAAUAAGGAAGAUAAUGAAAAAGAAUUAGAGUUGCUGCUAAGUCAGCAGUUCACAAGAACUAGAAGUACUUUUUCCAGAGAUGAAAGGAAUUUAUACACAACAGAGCCAGUUAAUUUUCCAAAUGAAGCCCAGGGACUGGAGAAUAAGCUAACACUUAUGGAAACAGGCACUGACUUGCUCAGGCAGCCUGUGCCUAUCAGUUCCCCUUCAGAAAAUACUUUAGAAGAGCUAGGAGAAGAAUUACAUGAUAACAAAAAGUAUUCCAUAAGAUAUGAUUAUAGUCAGCCAUUAGCAGAGGAACUUACUGCAGGCACUGUAAACAAUAGUAAGCAGCCUUUGGAAUGCAUUGGUACCAGUGAAACGCUGUUAUCACAGGAAUAUUUGCCUGGAACAAUGCAAAAUGUGACUAUCCAUAUUAAAGACACUGUCUUAAGCAGACAAGGAAUGAGCCAUGUAGAUAUUUCAAAAGGUGAAACAGAUAGUGCCUCAGGAAGCGAAAUGAUGGAGCGGUUAUUCAUCAGUGACGAUGAUGCUGAUAUCUACAAAGAGGCCUGUGAAAUGAGACCAGAAACAAUUUCUUCAGAGCAUGAUGAAUCAAUGCAAUUAAAUACAUGCGUAACUGAAGCACUGGAAGACAAUGCUAAUCCAGCUCCAGAGCGACACAUUCUGCAAACAUCUCACCUAAAGCUAGCUUCAGUAUUGCCAGACAGUGACAAAUAUGAAGAAAAGGGGGGGAUGAUUUUAAGCAAAGAUCAGGUACAUUUAAGAGGAGAUAUAUAUGCUGAGGCUUUUGCACAUUCUGAUAUCUCAAUAGAUUGCUCAAAAAGCCCGUAUACAGAAAAAGAAGUUGUGGUGAAAGUAUCAAAGAAAGACUAUAACACUGAUAUAGGAAAAGAGGAGGAAGAAAUCAAGUUAAAUGAGUUAGGACUAACUAAAGAGCAGGAGAGUGUUGACACCAUAGCUCCGAAACUUUUUAGUGUUCAGGGAAAAUAUAUUACUGACACAAAAACCACAACAUUGCCAUCAGCGUCAGAUAAUAAACAUGAAGCCAAGCCUUCACAAGCAGAAGACCGGAUGAUUUCCCAUGUAGCUGAUGAAAGAAGAGCUGAAGACACUCAUGAAUUCAAAGAGUUUACUUGGCUAAAAGAUAGGGGAAGCUCUGACAAUAGAAGUCGAGGAAAAGAAAUCACAAGCUCUGUUGAAGGCAAACAAAGGAAAGAGGAAUAUAGUGAGUUAAGUGAUAACUUGGGGAAAACAGACAGUAGGUACACUGAUGCCACUCAGAGCAAAAUGACUACUUUCCCUACUUGUUACCCAGUCUUUGCAGUGGCAACUGGCAAAGCAAGAGCUACAAGUAUUAUGUUACUGAACCCAGAGGAUACGCUUGAUACUAAGGAGAAUGAUCAUAAGCUUUUUGAGGAACGAAUGUACAGCCAAGAUAAUUUCCCAACAAACAAAAAUAUUUUGGAGACAGAUGCUUGUCAACUUCAAAUUGAGAAAUCAGACAGCAUGGUUACAGAUGAUCAGAGCAGGGUAGUGUGUGAAAAUUGGAGUGUUUCAGGAAGCCAAACAGUAGAAAGAGAGAGUGAGAUAAAUAGAACAGAACAGAUUAAAGAUGGUGAAAUCAUGUUUGGAAUGAGGAAUAAGACAAGGUAUUUGAAUGUUACUCCCACAGAAGAAUUGUUUACCUGCCAAGAGACAGUGAGGUGUGAAAAGUCUUCUGUAGCUGAACAUGGUAAUACAGAGGAAGCAGAAGCAGGUACAGCUUAUAUAAUUAAAACAACAUCAGAAAGUGUUUCAGAAAAAAUGUCUGCUAGUGAAAAAGCAGUAAUUGCUAAGCUACCUCAAGAGACUGCAGUAAGUGACAGGCCCACAGAGGAAAAGGAAACAGCGUUUGAUACACAUGAAGGGAGAAAUGAUGGUUCACAUUAUACUCUUUGUCAACGCAAUACAGUGGGUGUAUUAUAUGACACCGAAUUUGAAAAGGAAUCAGUUUUAGAUAUUUAUAAUGCACACGUACGUGAAACACUGCAAGGCGAAAUGAUGUCUGUAUGCAAUACCAAGGAAAAAGUUUCCAAAGCAGAACAUGACAUUGGAAAUAAUCCACCUGUAGAGAAAACAUUACGGGCUUCUGCUAUAGAAGGAAAAGAAGGUUUGGAGCAGGAUUUAUAUUCAGAAGAAUCACUGAAAGCUCCCACAAAUCCCGAGCAGCGUCUCUACAGUGAUGAAGCUGAAGAAUAUAAGGAAAAAACCAUUUUGGGAACACUUUUCCAUUCAGAUGCCAAAGGUGAAACAAAACCACCACCCUCUGAUACAAAUAUUGUGCCCAGUUGUCAUUAUGAAAGCUCUCCAGCGACAACUUCUGAAGAGUCUAUUGAGGUGGUUACUGCUGAGGUAGAAAAUACAGAACAUCCAUAUACAGCCCCUGCAUUCAACUCCAUUGCCAAUAUUUCUGCUGAGUCAGGAUAUUAUUUCAACCUACCAAGCGAAAUGACAUGUAUUAAUAAAAACAUGUUGACUUCAAGUGAUGAAAGAGAAAGGAAUAUAGGCCAGUGUUUCCAUCAAAUAGAGUUCAGACAAAAGGAGUCAUUAGGGCCAAUGAUUUUAAUUAGUGAGCCUACUGAAGAAAUAGAAGAGACAAGCUCUAAAUCUGAAGGUUUAAUAACUGAGGGAAAAAUAUUAAACUGGCCUGAUGACUCAGAGCACGAAAACCAGCACAUUUCUGAUUCUUCAGAUAUUUCUGACCAGAAAAGCGAAGCACAUAGUUUACCUAGUGAGUCUCUAGUUUUAAAGCAUAUUAGUUACAGAAUCUUUUAUUUCCUCCUGUUUGUUGUAUUUGUUGUAACAAUCUACCACUAUGAUAUAACGGUUUGCUUUGCACUCUAUCUGUUUUCCUUGUAUUGGCUAUACUGGGAGGGAGGAAGACACAAGGAGUCUGUCAAAAAGGAGUAACAUUAAGUUUCAUUGUCUACAUACUGUACUUAAGGUUUGAGGUUGAUUACUUUCCCCCACCCUAAAGCAUUUUAAUUGUUAAAAGGAAAUAUUCAUUGUUAGAACCAGAGCAAGUUUUCUCUUGAAGCAUCUGUUUAAAAGGAAUACAGCUGAAGUUUGCUCCUUCAUAUAAUUAUUCUAUAUAGGAACAUUAUGGUUGGAUCAUUAAAUAUCUAUAUGAAUAUGAGAUCUGAAACACAUCAAGUUAAAAUUAAGUGCAGAUGUUGCUCCUUAGCAGGUUGUGAGGUUGCAAUGCUUCAUAUCUCUCCAGUACUUAAAAACACCAUUUCUUGCAUUAAUUUCUCUUGCAGUAAAGCUUCAUAUUUUUUUCUGAGUUUUUCUAAGGUUUUAUACAGUAGAUAACAGGGGAAUGGCAUUAUGACUAAGUAAUAUGACUUUAAUAUUGAUUUUGCAAUUGGUGAUCUACUACUGUAAUUAACCAACACAUUUUGGGAGAUGAAAUCUGUUGGUAGAUUGAACAGUUCUUUCGGUUUUUUAUUUCAUUGUUUUAAGUUAGUGCAAUAAUAAUAUCCAUAUCUGAAAAUGUCAAGCUCAGACUCCCGUAACAUUAUGUAACUUUGUGUACGUAAUACUUCAGCAGAAUAUAUUAGUGGCUUUCAUACUACCGAGCUGAAGAAUACAGCUAUGAGACUGUUAUCAUUUAUGUGCACAAACAUUUAUAGAUGGGUUGUCUUCAAAUAAUAUUUAUAUAUUUUUUGUAAAUGAAAACUGUGUAACAUGACUGAAAAAUUUAAUUGAAUUCAAAAUUAUUCCAGAUAGACCUUUUGAAUGAUGUUUUUCAUCAGUGUUGUUUAAGAAAGGCAUUCAUAUCUUCAAAGCAUUAAAUAAAUAAAAAAGAGUGAGUGAUUU